AUGAUCUGGCUGCUGGACAACUCCAUAGCCGUACAUGUAGCUGUGGAUCGCGAGUGCCCCAAGGCAUUGAAAGUGCUCCUCUCUCACGCCGCUGGGAUCAGCAAUGCAUCGCACAGAAAUUUGGUUCACGAACUUGUGAAUAGAACUGGAUGGUCUUCACAAGCCCGCGCCAUCUCGCCCCUCCAUGUCGCAGUCGGUUCUGGCAACAUGGAGCUUGUGCGUCUUCUACUUGAGUGCGGCGCAGAGGUCAACAGACAAACCGUUAUGAAGGGAACUGCACUUCAUGUAGCUGUUGAAGAGUACGAACUCGACAUUGCACGCCUUCUCUUGGAGCAUGGGGCCUCACUUGCAACUAGAGACUAUCAUCGCGGGUACACCCCUCUCGAAGUGGCGAUUCAGCUACCAUGGGAAAGAUCGGUAGACCUCCUUUUAGAGAAUGGGGCAUAUGUCAAAUGUUCUCAAUACGCUGACACGUCUCUGGUGUGCGGGUCGACGGAAGUGGCAGUUUUGAUGCUCAGGUCAGGCAUACCACUCCAGACUGUGGGGAGAUUUGGCGUACCCCUCUGGGCACCGGCGUGUCUCGAAAGCCGGCUUGCGACUUUCAUCUUCAACUCUGAUUUUGGUCAUUCAAUAGCAUCCGGGAUGACUGCAUCAGAUCUUUGGAAGAUUCUCUCUUUCGUCCACGGUACAGCUGUUGAAGAUCGGGUUCAUUCUCGGGGUCCUCUCCGUCUACUGUACCGGCGAAGUGGACACGCGUCCAUACGAGACAUGACUGAAUCCGACGGGAAAGAAAGCGUAAGAUCGUUCGGCGUGAUGUGCUUCCUAGCUGAGCUCGGACUAGUUGAUGAGGUCAAGCUGUUGCUGGACUUGGGUUGCAACAUUGAGUUUGAGGGCGGUCUGACUGGCACUGCGCUCAUGGCAGCAGCUCACGGGGGUCGGCUAGACGUUGUCAAAAUGCUCGUCUAUGCAGGAGCAAGAAUAUGCUCAGGAUUUCCCGGAAAUCGUAAGCUGGCUGUUGGUUGGAAGAUUUACGGAGCAGGCCAAGAUUGA